CAGUCGCACAUAUCUACUAUACUAUACUCUAGGAAGCAAGGACACCACCGCCAUGGCAGCCAAGAUGCUUGCAUUGUUCGCUCUCCUAGCUCUUUGUGCAAGCGCCACUAGUGCGACGCAUAUUCCAGGGCACUUGCCACCAGUCAUGCCAUUGGGUACCAUGAACCCAUGCAUGCAGUACUGCAUGAUGCAACAGGGGCUUGCCAGCUUGAUGGCGUGUCCGUCCCUGAUGCUGCAGCAACUGUUGGCCUUACCGCUUCAGACGAUGCCAGUGAUGAUGCCACAGAUGAUGACGCCUAACAUGAUGUCACCAUUGAUGAUGCCGAGCAUGAUGUCACCAAUGGUCUUGCCGAGCAUGAUGUCGCAAAUGAUGAUGCCACAAUGUCACUGCGACGCCGUCUCGCAGAUUAUGCUGCAACAGCAGUUACCAUUCAUGUUCAACCCAAUGGCCAUGACGAUUCCACCCAUGUUCUUACAGCAACCCUUUGUUGGUGCUGCAUUCUAGAUAGAAAUAUUUGUGUUGUACCAAAUAAUGAGUUGACAUGCCAUCGCGUGUGACUCAUUAUUAUUAACAAUAAAACAAGUUUCCUUUUA